AUGGAAUACGUGAUAAACGACUUCACUAAACCCCAUCCAUCAAACUCGCAACGCCUUUCCCCACCAUGCCAUGAACUCUGCCGGCUAAGAUUGCACUAUGCAGCUGUAGAGAGCUCCACUAUCGCGGACGACCUUUGGUUACCUGAAGCGCCGGAAAUAAUCCCAUUUCGUCACCUGCCCGUGUCUUCUGGCCUCCCUUGGAGAAAUUUCAUACCGGCGAGGACGGUUUCCCGGUUCGUAGUAUGCCUCUCGCUGCUCUCUGGUCCGCAUGUCAAGCUCCUUUACUCCCAUGUCCUGUCGAGGACGUACCAAGUGACGACUGCUUGGCCGAUACCUGACAUAUUAUGGGCUUCUAUCUUCAUAGAAUGUAGGGAAUGCGUCAAGCACGACAUGCUUCACAAGCUCAGGGGCGAGUCUACCAAGGAAACUGGGCUUGCUACUUCCCAUUACAUCCAUCUCAGCCGAGUCGCCAUCACAGCCUGUAGCAGUAAGCAUGUGAUUGCAUCAACUCUUAAUCGUAGCCACGAUCAUCUUGACCGAUCAGGCGCAUGCUCCUUUUGGUCCUUAGUCAAUCCCACCUGUGACUUGACAAAGCAGCUUACAGCACAAUUUCAAUAUCCAGUCAAUUCCGUCUCGACGCUUGCGCGGCGCCCCUCGCUCCCCGGUAGCGCGAGUCGGCCUCUCGGUAGUGCUGUCGGUACUCUCACUAUCCAUACUCUCGACGACUGUGCGUUGGUUGAUGCGCACGUGGAAAGGCAUUCGAAUGAGUUCUGUGCCGACUUUCUCGAUCAUGAAAAGAAGGACCUCGAUGAUAGUCCCGUGGAUAUCGCUGAUGAGCAGCAGGAGGACGUCGACUUGAUUUCCCUGUCAUGUUUAAACUCUCAUUCCCCAUUAUUGUGGGAGGCCGAGGACAUACCAGGCGUAGUUCAUUUCAUACUCCUGCCCACUGCGCGCAGAUCGACUCUUUCGUUCCUCGCGAGCACGCUCCCUUUCUUGCUUCUGCAAUCUUGCUUGAGCUUUUUCUUUUUCUGUAGUGGCACGCCAGCCAUUGUGAGCACCAGAUCUGUGGAUGUUGCUGAGCUCUGGAUGAUCUUGAACUGUGGAUAUGUUUUGAAGCUGAUUUCCAGUGAAGUGGAGAGGUUUAUGCGGCCAAAGAGUGUGCCACAAAAGACUUGUGCGGUGACUGCCUUCCCAGCGCGAUUCGAUGAAUCUCGUAUAUUGAUGGCAACAGCGACUGAUAUUCUACGCACAAACGUGCACAUGUAUAUAUGUCGAGUGGGUGAUGAGGUCAAGUCAAGCUCGGGCCCAGCAUCGGCCCUGAUCAUUUUCUCGUCGCUUCACUUGAGCGGAGCAACUAGGUGCAAACAACGACUGGUGCAGCAUCAUUGCAUAAAUAAUGAGUUGGAUGCGCUCAAGACUUGCGCAAGCGAUCCAGCUGUGAUUCUCGCGUCAUCGCACAGAGAUGGGCCCUUGGCGGCGAUCAUUUCUGGGACCGGAAUUUCGCUCCCAGCAGCUAGAACCCGUGAAGAUCUUGGCUCUACAUUUCGAAUGCGUUUGAGAUAUUUGAGCAAUGAUCCAUUCGGUAUGGACAAUCUUCAAAAGGCGAGAGCAGCUCCUGAAAAGAGCGAAGGGGGCUUUGCAAACGUCGACAUCCAGCACGGAGAUAUGAUCAUGUAUGAUAUUGACAAGAUGAUCAGCAAAAGCCAUCAUGCAGGUAAGAAGAACCUUGACAUGGCCGACCAAUGUCUGUUUCAAUUCACAGACUACAUGCUAAAUACAAACGCCAUAGCAGAUCAAUCAUAA